AUUCAUAUUCAGACGAUAUCGUUCAGCUUCGAUGGACAGGAGAAAGUAGGGGGCGCUACGACUGGAUGUCUAGUGUAAAAGUUGUAGGAGAUAUUGAACUGCCGGAAUACCGAUUUGUGAAACUGGAAACAAAGACAGAAGUAACCGUUUGGAACACAGGUAAUUACAGCACUCUUGUUGUUCGCUUCAUUUUUGCUCGCCAUCUAACGGCCUACUUAGUAAAUACUUAUAUUCCAAGCAGCCUAGUGGUGGUGAUGUCAUGGUUGUCGUUUUGGUUGGACAUUAACGCCGUUCCGGCGCGCAUUACACUCGGCGUCACUUCCCUACUGACACUCGUGACUCAAGUUGUCCAAUCACGAAGCGCCAUUCCUCCUGUGGGUUACGUCAACGCUCUGGAUAUUUGGUUAUUUGUUUGUCUGAAUGUCGUCUUUGCAACGCUGCUAGAAUACGCCAUAGCCUACACCAUUAGCCUCAAAACUAAGCCCAAUAAAAUUGGAGUAAACCCAUUGGCUGGGAAAUAUUUUGGAAAUUUCGAUAAGAAAAAUCCCGAGAAAAACGAUCGGAAUGCCAUCGCUAAUUCGACUAAAACUCGUUCGCCUACACAAGCUUGGACCAAUCCAAACAUAGGACACGCCAAUCAAACUAUUGAAAAACCAUCAACGAGAAACGUUAGCAAAGUUGAUCUGUUCUCUAGGGUUAUAUUUCCUACUUGUUUCGCAUCUUUUGUGAUCGUGUACUGGGUAUAUUACAUGUACGAUUAUUAA